GGGAUAAUUGAACCGCGCGGCCGGGGCCCUGCGUUGGCUGCGGAGGCUCGGCCGGAGCUCGGAGCCCGCGCUGCCCGCCCGCCGCCCCCGCGCCUUUGUCCGCUCCGCCGCCCGCCGCCCCAUGGAGCGCGCCGCCCCGUCGCGCCGGGUCCCGCUGCCGCUGCUGCUGCUUGGCGGCCUCUCGCUGCUGGCGGCCCCAGCUGGCGCGGAGGUCCCCAUGGAGGCUUGCUGUACAGAUGGACAUCAGAUGGCCACUCAGCACAAGGACUGCUCCCUGCCCUACACCUCGGAAUCCAAGGAAUGCAGGAUGGUCCAGGAGCAGUGCUGCCAGAACCAGCUGGAGGAGCUACACUGUGCUGCGGGCAUCAGCCUGGCAGACGAGGGGGACAGCUGCGCCGCCCCGCAGGGCGACAACGCCAGCCUCGAGGCCAUGAUUGUCAAGAGGUGCUGCCACUGCUGCCUGCUGGGAAGGGCGGCCCAGGCCCAGGGCCAGAGCUGCGAGUACAACCUCAUGGUUGGCUACCAGUGUGGACUGGUCUUCCGGGCGUGCUGUGUCAAGGGCCAGGAGAACGCAGACUUUGCUCCGGGAGACAUUGGGGACCUUCAGGAAACAGCUAAGGUUUCUGAGAUCGAGGAGGAGCAAGAGGACCCCUACCUGAAUGACCGCUGCCGAGGUGGUGGGCCCUGCAAGCAGCAGUGCCGAGACACGGGCCAGGAGGUCGUCUGCUCCUGCUUUGUGGGCUACCAGCUGCUCCCCGACGGCGUCUCCUGCGAAGAUAUCAAUGAAUGCAUCAAGGGCAGCCAAAACUGCCGGCUGGGAGAAACGUGCAUCAAUACAGUGGGCUCUUUCCGCUGCCAGCGCGACAGCAGCUGUGGGACUGGCUAUGAGCUCACGGAGGACAAUGACUGCAAAGAUAUUGACGAGUGUGAGAGUGGUAUUCAUAACUGCCUCCCCGAUUUUAUCUGUCAGAAUACUCUGGGAUCAUUCCGCUGCAGACCCAAGCUACAGUGCAAGAGUGGCUUUAUACAAGAUGCUCUAGGCAACUGUAUUGAUAUCAAUGAGUGUCUAAGUAUCAGUGCCCCAUGCCCUGUUGGGCAGACUUGCAUCAACACAGAAGGCUCCUACACAUGCCAGAAGAACGUGCCCAACUGUGGCCGUGGCUACCAUCUCAACGAGGAGGGAACCCGCUGUGUUGAUGUGGACGAGUGCUCACCUCCCGCUGAGCCCUGUGGGCCGGGGCACAUGUGUGUGAACUCUCUUGGAAGUUUCCGCUGUGAGUGCAAGGCCGGCUACUACUUCGACGGCAUCAGCAGGACGUGUGUGGACAUCAACGAGUGCCGGCGCUACCCGGGGCGCCUGUGUGGCCACAAGUGCGAGAACACACCGGGCUCUUACUACUGCAGCUGCACCAUAGGCUUCCGGCUCUCCUCUGACGGCCGCUCCUGUGAAGACGUGAAUGAGUGUCACAGCAGCCCCUGCAGCCAGGAGUGCGCCAAUGUCUACGGCUCCUACCAGUGUUACUGCCGGCGAGGCUACCAGCUCAGCGACGUGGACGGGACCACGUGCGAAGACAUCGACGAGUGCGCCCUGCCCACCGGGGGCCACAUCUGCUCCUACCGCUGCAUCAACAUCCCGGGAAGCUUCCAGUGCAGCUGCCCCUCGACCGGGUACAGGCUGGCCCCCAACGGCCGCAACUGCCAAGACAUCGACGAGUGUGUGACCGGCAUCCACAACUGCUCCAUCAACGAGACCUGCUUCAACAUCCAGGGCAGCUUCCGCUGCCUGGCCUUCGAGUGUCCUGAGAACUACCGCCGCUCCGCAGACACGCUCCGCCAGGAGAAGACGGACACCAUCCGGUGCAUCAAGUCCUGCCGCCCCAACGACGUCACCUGCGUGCUGGCCCCGGUGCACACCAUCUCCCACACCGUCGUCUCGCUGCCCACCUUCCGCGAGUUCACCCGCCCUGAAGAGAUCAUCUUCCUCCGGGCCGUCACGCCAGCGCAUCCCGCCAACCACGCUGACAUCAUCUUCGACAUCACGGACGGGAACCUGCGGGACUCCUUCGACAUCAUCAAGCGCUACAUGGACGGCAUGACCGUGGGUGUCGUGCGCCAGGUGCGGCCCAUCGUGGGCCCAUUUCAUGCGGUCCUGAAGCUGGAGAUGAACUACGUGGUCGGGGGUGUGGUGUCCCAUCGGAAUGUUGUCAACGUCCACAUCUUCGUCUCUGAGUACUGGUUCUGAGGGCCAGUCCACGGAGCAGCCACGUCGGUGCCUCCAGGCCAAGUCAUUGCUAAAACGACAACACCCUAUCCCUGUUUGUACCAACCACCCAGACAUAUCUUGAUUGUAUGUACUUGUUUGUAGCAUUAGGCUGACAUGUAUUAAGCUGGGCCAGAUGAAUACGUCCAUCUGAUGUAUUUUGAUGUUUCAAAAAUGAGUCCAGUUACUUCACUGUUCAGUUGAAAAUCUUGCUUAUUUUUUUUUAAGGCAGAGGUUAAAUUUUGCUCCCUUUUUUUCCUGCCUGUGAGCUUGGCAUUAUUGCUAAAGAUCAAGGGGGGAAAAAAAGGCAUUUUUUUUUCAGGGGGCAGGUAAUCCAAAUGCCAAGAGGAGACCAGUUCUUGCCUUGAUGGUAUGAAAUUUGACAUUUGGCACUUUUUUUUUUUUUGCCAAUCAGAUUUUUUUAUGUCCAGUUCUAAGGACACGGCUGCCAAAGGUAUGAUCCACUCUGCCCAGAAGCAGCAUGUCGCGGUGCCUUGGGGAAUGCUUUAAAGGUCGGUCACAGUUCUGUGGAAACAGAGACCCCCUCGGUAAAGCAGAAGCUGUUAGGUCAAGGCACCUUGCAUCCGUCUUUUAUCAUAAGUGGGAAAAUAAACAGCUUUGUGAUCCUCCUGAUAA